AUGUUAACUGCAUCACCUCACAUAAAAUCAGAUAAACCAUAUCAAUAAAGUCCACAAUAUAAGAAACCUCAUCCAUAUAAUCCUGAGGCCAGUAUAUCUCUCAAGAACUCAAUCAACUUAAAAGGUAAAUAUUAAUAACUAUCANAGUCGAUUAUCUUUCUAUUCACUUUAAAGUAUGGUGUGAAGAAUUAAGAAGGCAUACUAAUAUUAUUAAGAAUUUGCUACUGUAAUGA